AUGUCCCAGUACUCUGGAAAGAUCAUUUUCUACGAGGGGAAAUGUUUCACCGGCCAAAAGCUGGAGGUAUGUGGAGACUGCGACAACUUCCAGGACAGGGGAUUCAUGAAUAGAGUGAACUCCAUCCGAGUGGAGAGCAGUGCUUGGAUCUGCUACGAUCAUCCUGAUUUCAAAGGGCAUCAAUACAUCCUAGAACGAGGAGAGUACCCUGACUUCUUCCGCUGGAAUGCCCACAAUGACCAUAUGGGAUCCUGCAGACCUGUGAAAAUGCAUGGCGAACAUUACAGAAUAGAACUGUUUGAAAACUGCGACUUCAAUGGCCAGUGUAUGGAGUUCCGUGAGGAUUGUCCAUUCCUGCAGAGUAGAGGCUGGAACAAGACUUGUGUCAAUUCCAUCAGAGUUUAUGGUGAUGGAGCCUGGGUUUUAUACGAUGAACCCAACUACCGAGGUAGAAUGUACGUCUUGGAGCGAGGAUAUUACCACUCGCACACAGAGUGGCAGGCACAAAAUGGAAACAUCCAGUCCUUGCGAAGAGUGGUCAACUACUUCUAG